AUGGCCCAAAUACUACAAACUUCGGUGACUUUGCAACAGUACAAUCCACAAUGCAGAAUUUGCACCUUCACAUACACAAAGACCAAAAAACAUUUCUUGUUUUCCCAGAAGUCAAGGAAUGACGACAUAUCAUUUCUUUUACAUGUUCAACUAGAUUGCCCAAGUCUUGACUUAUGCACUAUCCCACACCUUCGCACUUCACAUAAGCAUGGCCAAAUAUACACUUUUCCAAAUGAUAUGGAUCAAGACACCAUUUUGUCACCAAACAUUUUGCAAUUCAUGUGUUGCUCCAGUUUUUCAAGAUGUCAGAGGAGUAUGUUGUGA